AUGGGUAGAGCUCCAAACAAGUUUACUACAGCUUGUCCUGAUUAUCCUAAUGUUAAGGUACUCGAUGCAAUGUUUACAACUGGUGGUGGAAUCGAUAGUUUAUUGUUACCUAAGUUUUAA